AUGGAUGACGACCUUUUCGACGUGUUCGAGGACAGCUCGUCCAAGUCCAAGCACGAACCCCACCCCUCACCUGCUGCGAAGCCCAAGUCCAAGAAAGAGAAGAAGACCAAGAAGCGAAAGGCCGUCGAACCUGUCCAAGAUGGAACGGGGAACCAAGUCGACAACACCGAGACACAGUCCGCACCUGAACCCGACGUGGAUAUGGCCGACGCGGAGCCCAUCUCUCCCGACGGCCAAGACGAUGGUGAUGGCGGCGGUCACGACCACGCUGUAUCAGAAGGCCACCCAGACACCAAGCGCAGGAGGAAGGACGAGAAAGCUGCCCCCGUACUCACAGAUACUUUCGAGACAGCCGCAUCCAGAGAGCUCGCUGGCGCAGAGGGAUUUGCCAAGCCCGAGGAAGAGUCAUUGGUCUUGUCUCACAACAUCCAGCACCAGGUCGCUUUGCCUCCCGACCUAGACUACGAGUACGUCCCCCUCUCACAGCACAAGCCGCCGGCCGAGCCCGCACGAUCCUGGCCAUUCACCCUCGAUCCUUUCCAGCGCCUGUCCAUCUCCUCCAUCGAGAGGGACGAAAGUGUUCUGGUUUCCGCCCACACAAGUGCUGGUAAGACCGUCGUCGCCGAAUACGCCAUCGCCCAGUGCUUGAAGAAGAAUACCCGUGUCAUCUACACCAGUCCCAUCAAGGCGCUCAGUAACCAAAAGUACCGCGAGUUCAACGAGGCUUUCGGUGAUGUUGGUCUCAUGACUGGCGAUGUCACAAUCAACCCGACUGCUAGCUGUCUUGUCAUGACCACCGAGAUUCUGCGGUCCAUGUUGUACAGAGGCUCCGAGAUCAUGCGCGAGGUUGCUUGGGUCGUCUUCGACGAGAUUCACUACAUGAGAGAUAAGAUCAGAGGUGUCGUCUGGGAAGAGACCAUCAUCCUUCUCCCUGACAAGGUCCGCUACGUCUUCCUGUCUGCCACCAUUCCCAAUGCCUUCCAGUUUGCAGAGUGGAUCGCCAAGAUCCAUAGGCAGGCCUGUCACGUCGUCUACACCGACUUCCGUCCGACUCCCCUGCAGAACUAUUUCUUCCCCUCUGGUGGAAAUGGCAUUUUCCUUGUCGUCGACGAGAAGGGCGUCUUCCGUGAGAACAACUUCAACAAGACCAUGCAGAUGAUCGAGGACAGGAAGGCGGGUGAGGCAAACGACGUCAACGCCAAAAUGCAGGGCAAGGGUAGGAACAAGAAGACCUUCAAGGGCGGCAAGGACGAUGCCAACGCAGAUAUCCAGAAAAUCGUCAAGAUGGUCAUGUCCAAGGGCUUCAACCCCGUCAUCGUCUUCAACUUCAGCAAGCGAGAGUGCGAGAUGAUGGCCCUGUUCACUUCCAAGUUCAGCUUCAACGAUGACAGCGAGAAGGCCAUGACCCGCAAGGUCUUCACCAGUGCGAUAGAGUCUCUCUCUGUGGAGGACCGUGAGCUGCCUCAAAUCCAGAACAUCCUGCCUCUUUUGGAAAAGGGUAUUGGUGUCCAUCAUUCCGGACUCCUGCCAAUCUUGAAGGAAACCAUUGAGAUUCUCUUCCAGGAAGGGCUGAUCAAGGUUCUUUUUGCUACCGAGACUUUCUCCAUUGGGCUGAACAUGCCGGCAAAGACUGUUGUUUUCACGCAAGUCAAGAAGUUUGACGGUACGACACGCCGACCUCUCACAUCUUCAGAAUACAUUCAAAUGGCUGGAAGAGCAGGUCGUAGAGGUCUCGACGACCGCGGCAUUGUCAUCAUGAUGAUCGACGACAAACUUGAGCCGGACACGGCCAAGGAAAUUGUUGUUGGUCAACAAGAUCGGUUGAACUCUGCAUUCCACCUAGGCUACAACAUGGUCCUGAACUUGCUACGAAUCGAGGCCAUCUCGCCCGAGUUCAUGCUAGAGAACUGUUUCUUCCAGUUUCAGAACACCGCCAGUGUAGCUGGCCUCGAACAGGAGCUCAUGAAGCUUCAGAAGGAGAAAGAAACUAUGGCUAUCCCGGAUGAAGCUACUAUUAAAGACUACCACGGUCUGCGCCAACAGAUUGAGGCAUACACCAAGGAUAUGGUUUAUGUAAUCCAACAUCCUACCCACUGUAUUGACUUUCUGCAGCCUGGCAGACUCAUCCAGGUUCAGAACCCUAAGACCGGGCAAGAUUUUGGUUGGGGUGUUGUCGCUAACUUCACCGAGCGAAGGCAACCUAAGUUUGGAGAGAAUAGAUACGAGCCUCAAGAAUCAUAUUUCGUUGAUGUGUUCCUCCAUCUUGACCCCAGCAGUGAGGACUUUACGCCUCUGACUCAUCCAUCCGCUGAGAUGCCCAGUGGUAUUGUUCCUCGCAACGGCACUCCUAACUCAAGAUUUGAGGUGGUGCCGUGCCUGUUCACCUGCAUCAAGGCGAUCAGCCAAAUCAGAGUCUUCAUGCCCAAAGACAUCAAGUCUCUCGAGGACAUCGAAGAGGUCCGCAAGAGUGUCCUCAAGGCCCUGACAGAGGUUGUUAGGCGUUUCCCUGACGGAGUACCUAUUUUGGACCCGAUCGAGAACAUGGGCAUCAAUGAUGAUUCUUUCAAGAAGCUCCUCCGCAAGAUCGAGGUCCUUGAGUCGCGUCUGUUGGCCAACCCCCUGCACGGUUCACCUCUGCUCCCUCCGUUGUGGGAGCAAUAUUCUGCAAAGUUAGCCCUCCAAGACAAGAUCAAGAGCCUUAAGAAAGAAAUCGGAAAGGCACACAGCAUCGCUCAACUCGAUGAGCUGAAAUCGAGGAAGCGAGUCUUGCGUCGUCUUGGCUUCAUCAAUGAUGCCGAGGUCGUUGAGAUGAAGGCUCGUGUAGCAUGCGAGAUCUCGUCGACGGAGGGGCACGAGCUGCUUUUAUCAGAGUUGCUGUUCAAUCGAUUCUUCAACGAGUUGACUCCCGAGGUUAUUGCCGCUGUUCUCAGUGUGUUCAUAUUCGAUGAAAAGGUCGAGGCGGCCACAUUGAAAGACGAGCUGCAGAAGCCGUACGCUCAAGUCCAGCAACAGGCAAAGAUCAUUGCCAAGGUCAGCCAGGAGAGUAAGCUUGACGUCAAUGAGGAGGAGUACGCUCAAUCAUUGAAGUGGCAGCUCAUGGAGACUGUGUACACCUGGGCUCAAGGCAAGCCUUUCGCAGAAGUUUGCAAAAUGACAGACGCUUACGAAGGAUCGCUUAUUCGGCUAUUCCGUCGCCUCGAAGAACUGAUGCGCCAAAUGGCAGAGGCCGCCAAGGUCAUGGGUAGCGAUGAACUGUCAGGAAAGUUUAAGGCCAGUCUCGAUUUGGUCAAACGCGAUAUUGUCUCCGCUCAGAGUUUGUACCUAUAA